GUUUUGAAGAAGGUAGUCACUAAGCGGCGGAAAGCAGUGCCCCCACCCCGACAGAAGCUGAACGUCAGAUGCAACCCCCAAGAUGUGUUAGUAAGCAUACAGAUAUUAAAUGACAGACAGCAACAAGCAAUUGCACGUAGGGGAUUUUCUAGUAUUCUUGAUAUGAGACUGGAUGCACUCGGCAGCAGAUCACACUUAGCUUGGCUGAUGGAAAAGCUCGACCCCAAUGACAUGACAAUUCGAGCUGGCCCUGGAAAGGAGCUGAAAAUAACAAAGGAUACGGUGCACCUAAUUUUGGGUUUACCGAAUGCUGGGGGAGGAACUGCAUUGGGCAUCGAUGAAGCUGUUGUUGCCAACAAUUUGAGAGCUGAACUUGGGCUAUCGAAAGAAGAUUUUGGGGUUACAGCUCUACAAGAUCGUUUGAGGAAAGGUUCUGACGAUGAUUUAAGCAUCAGAUGCUUUUUCUUGAUAUUGUUCAAUAGGUUGUUGUUCCCUACUGCCAGCUGGGGAAUAACGAACCAUGAGGUUCUUUUAACCGAGCAGAUGGAUCGUUUCCACCAGAUUGACUGGUGUCAGCUUAUUUUCAAUGAUUUAUGCCAAGCUGCCAAGAAGUGGCAUAACAGGAGCGUUACGAACGUUUCUACAACCAUCUAUGGAUGUUCCAUCGUUAUUCUUCUGUAUUAUUUGGAUCAUUUGCAUGACUCAGCGGCACCCCUGAACAAACGUGGAACACCACGAAUCAAAUACUUUGAUAGGAAUAUUAUUCAAGCCCUGACAAGAGCUGACAAGGGCAAGAUACGCAAAGGAGAAGAAGCAUUUGGACAUUGCUCGUUCCGAAGCUCCUCAGAGACCUGCUACACAGAUGUACCACCCGUUCAUGCACAAUUCAAGGCAUGAUUCUAUUUAUAUAUU